AUGCCGUUGAAGACUUUGGGUUUUUUGUCAGAUGCAGAAGGACUCGUGUCUGUGACCAACACAGGAUUUGUCACCUGGUACCGGACGAUAAGACAGAUCACUAAAUGCUCCAUGGACAUGAGCAGGUUUCCCAUAGACAAACAGACGUGUAGCCUGCGUAUUGUUCAGAAGACAUCCAAUAGUAAUGAUGUGUUUGUGCAAGGUGGGUCAGUGAUGUCAGACUACACUUCAUUUCAAAGUCGAGGGGAAUGGAUAGAAAUGGAAAAGGGUACCAAAACAAAAACUCUUUUCCUCGGGGAAACAACAUGGAACGUAAUUUCGUUUACAUUUACCUUCCAACUGAAGCCCCUGCACUUUGUAAUCACAAGUGUCCUGCCUGUCUUUCUGCUGUCGGUUCUCAAUCUGGGCGUGUUUCUUCUUCCUCCUGAAUCAGGGGAGAAGAUCUCGCUAUGUAUCUCAGUGUUCUUGUCUUAUGCCGUCAUCCUGACAGAUAUCAAUGAAGAUCUACCCCAUUCAUUCGACUCACUUGUUACCUUCAAAGUCUAUCUUCUCACGAUGCUGUUGGUCAAAGUGAUUACUGUUUUGGCCACCGUCGCCAUCUUGAAAAGGUAUCACGCUGAGAUGGGCGCUCAUCAGCUGUCGUCUGCUUCAUCCCAGGAAGGACUUGAUGGUGGAAAUUCAGUGCCUGAUGAUUGUAAAGGAAAAUAUCAUGAAAGAAAGAUGUCAGCAGAUGCUCUGAACAGA